CAGUGUCAGUUUUAAAGUCGGCAAAUCGGUAACGCUAAAGGCAUUCAAAAUAUUCAGUUUAUUUUCGUUUGUUUGUGCUGAUAAAUAUUGAGAUCAAUGAUAGUUAGUAGUUACGAAUAGUUUGUAGUUACGUUUACAAUUUGACGAUGGAUAUCAACGAAGGGACAACAACAGAGGACCUAUGGACUCCUUACAAGGAGUUAGCGGCAGUAGUAGAAAGCUACCUCACAAAUGAAAGCAGCGGGGCACCAUACGCUGUUCACACAUUUGAGUCAGUGCUGAGGCGGCACAAACAGACAUUUUUAUCACUAUUGAAGAAUCCUGCAAAAAAUCCAGCAAGCAGAGAAGAAAUAAAAAGAGGUAUUACAGAAGGAGUGAACCUGCCCAGUGUGGGACGGACUGUUCUCUCAAAGGAACUUGUAGAUGAGGCUAUUAUAAUAUCAGAUAUGUACAAUGCAAAUGAGUUUGCCUGUUUGGAGUUACUGCACACGGCACAGCGACAGAGUUCUCGAAGGCCUGGUCUAGCACGGGGUUUACUUGCCGUGUUCCUGUACUACGAUGGCAGAAGAGCCUUAGUACAGGCCUUAAAAGAGCUUAUCAUGGCCAGGGAUGGAGUGUCAUGGUCAAUAAACGCGCGCGAGGAGGUAGUGUUGUACGUGUCGCGCUACGUGGACCAGCUGGUGUCGGACGGGCUGCUGGGCGGCGCUCUGGACGCGCUGCGCCGCUGCGAGCUGGACGCCGAGCUGGACCUGCUGCGGCGAAACCGCGCCCUGCCACCGAGGAAGUACCACGUCAAGCUGGUCAGCACUAUACAGAGCACGAGAAAGCUGCUUGCCGGAGUAGUGUUCGCGGCGUCGGCGCAACGAGGACUGGAGAGAGACAUUCUGUUGCGGCUCUUAUCAGAACAAAUGAUGUCGCCGUCUAAAGGGCCGACGGGUGCUUUGGAUGAUAUAUCUUUAGCCUUGCAAAUGGCUCUGUUAUAUGCCUUGGAUCUGUCAGUUUUGCACAGGCGAGAAGACGGCGAAGAACUAGCAAAAAAACUACCCCUAAUACAGGACCCAGACCUGAUAUCAGUGUUAUUAGACCAGCUGUCACCGCCCUCACAACCCAACCAAAUGCAGGAGGACAACAAGAGCAGUGCUGGGCUGAGGGCUCUGUGUCAGUUGUCACUGGGCUUGGCGCUCGCUGCUCUGAAGAGGGCGCCAGUAUCGCUGUUGAGGAGGACGGAGCCUAAGACUGAGCUGCUGGACCAGGACGAGAUGCUGGUAGACGCUGCCAUUGACGGAGGGGUGUUUGAGUACCUAGAUGAAGCCAUCCUGUCCUCUGAUCUAGUGGCCUCUGAGGAGUACUACCAGCGACGGAUACACUCCCUCAUCACUGACUUCAUUGUGCUCAUGCAUUCCAAGCUCAUGGAGAUGAGGGUCAAAGCGGAAGAGGCGGCCCGCGCUGCGCAGAUGUACAUGUCGGAGGGGCUCAUUGCGCCGGGCGCCAACACGCGCUCGCGGCUCGAGGCGCUGCUGCGCUGCGUGGAGCGGCUGUACGCGCGCGACCCGCUCCAGCUGCGCCGCGACUACUGGCUGGCGUGCGACGCGUCCGCGCACAACUACAGGGCGGGCAGCCGCUCGGCCACGCUGUACAAGUUCGUGCGGCUGUCGGGCGAGGUGGUGGUGGCGGCGCUGCUGCCCGCGUACCUGCGCGCGCUGGCGGCGCUGGCCGUGCCCAAGCACACGUGGGCGCUGCUGGCGCGCCGGGACGCGCUGUCGGCGCACCACCUGCUCACCGCGCUGGCCCUGUACCACCGAAAUCUCCGAGCCGACCCAGCGCCAUUCUCCGACCACCUGCACUCGUCGUCGCUUGGAGCGUCCGCCAUAGUGACGCCCGCCGCGCGCCCGGGCCGACUGCUGGUCCGACAAGAGGAGGUAGAGGCAAUGAUAGCGGCCCUGAAGCUGAUAGCGGCGGUGGCGCACGAGGACGACGCGGCGCGCGUCAGCAUCUGCGAGAACCUGCAGUGGGACGCCGUCAACUGCAUGUUCGGUCUCAUCUGCUGCCACGUGCCGCUGCAGCUGAAGGCGGAGCUGUGCCUGACGCUGGCGGCGCUGGGCGGCUCGGCGGGCACGGCGGGCCGCGUGUGGGCCGCGCUGGAGGCCGCGCAGCUGGUCUCCGUCGCCAAGGACAAGCGCGCGCUCAACGUCGAGCUGCAGGAGGUGGAAUGUCGCGCGGAGGAGUACCCGCUGUCGCGUGCGUUCCUCACGCUGCUGGACGCGCUGUGCGCCGCGGCGCCGCUGCCGCGCACGCUGGGCGCGGGCGCGCGCCCGCCCGGCCUCGACCCGUACGUGGAGCACGCGCUCAACCGCCUGGCGCUGCCGGCGCCGCACAGACCCUACUCCAAGCCCCAAGAGAAGUGGCAGAUUCUAUCAAUCAGUUUCCGGCUGUUCGCCCGCUGGCUCGAGCAAUACGAGCCGGCCGCGUCCGACUUCCCGCCGCCGGACCGCGAGCCGGACGUGAACCCGCCGCCCGGCUUCCGGCUGCUGAUCCAGCUGCACACCAAGUCGGAGCUGCUGCGCCUGGUGCUGACCACGCUGGACGAGGCGCACGAGCUGAUGGACCGGGAGACUGCGCCGGAGCACGAGUACGUGCAGCAAACGCUGAUCAGUUCGCUGAGUAUAGUGGAGCGCGCGCUGGCGCUGGAGCGCGCGCUCAACGCGGCGGCUGCCGAGGCGGGCCGCGGCGUGCUCGUCGUCGGCCUCUCCAAGCUCAUCCUAGCUCCGGAAGGGCCCGACAACACAGAUCGGCUGGUGACGUGCUGCCGGGUGCUGCAGCACGGCGCCGCGCUGCCCGAGGCGGCGGCGCGCGCCGUGGCGCUGCUGUGUCGCGCGCUGCAGUCGCCCGCGUGCGCGCGCCACCUGCUGGCCUCCGUGCUGCACCGCCACGAGCUCUCCGUGCAGCUGCGGCACGGGUUCGUGGAGUGCCUGGAGGCGGAGGAGUGGGCGGCGGGCGAGGCGCAGGCGGGCGGCGCGGAGCACGCGCGCGCCGCCAAGGAGGGCGUGGUGCUGCUGCUGCUGCAGCUGCUGCCCGCCGCGCCGCACGGCCUGGCGCACUUCCUGCUCGGCUACAACCUGCACGACGACAUCUCCAAGAGCGUGCUGCAGGAGGCGGGCAGCGCGGGCGCGCCGCGCACCUGCUUCCACUCGGUGCUCGACAUACUUGACGCGUACAUCGCGCCCACCGGGGACACGCACAAAGAAGCGUCGACGCUGGUGGAGAGCUGCUACCGCCUGCUGUACUGGAUCUGCGCGCGCCCCGCCACCUCGCCGCCCGCGCUGCGCCUGCUGCGGGCGCGCGACUACUUCCUCGCACGACACGCCAAGGCCACCGUCAACCUGGAGAGUGCGACGCCGGCGACGAUCUCAUCGCGCUCGUGGGCGCUGCGUGCGUGCGCGUGCGAGGCGGGCGCGGCGGGCGCGGGCCGACACCACGCCGCGCUGCAGGCGCUGCUCGCCGCGCUGACGCACUCGCCGCAGCGGAACGCGCAGGUGUGGGAGUGGUGCGUGAUCCGGCGCUCGCUGGAGUCGCUGCCGGUGACGGUGGAGGCGGUGCCGGAGCCGCGCUGGGAGCUGUUCCACGCGCACCAGCUGAGGCAGGCUAUUGCUGACUGCGACCUUCCCACAGGUCUGGGCGGCAAACGCAUCAGCGUGUCGCGCAUGAACGCGUUGCUGACGGGCGAGCUUGCGUCCAUGCGCGCCUCCACGCAGCGGGAACUGGUGGUGCUCGAGAUACAGAAGGUCCUGGACUACGUAACAGAAGUGAACAAGCAGCGCAACCUGGCGGCCACUCUGUCGCACUACUACGACUCGUGGCGGCAGCUCACGGAGAUUCUGUUCUGUGUGGCGCCCCAGGACCUGCUCAACGUGGAGUCCCGGAAAAAUCUCAUCCUCAACAUCCUCCAAGAUCUGCUGAACAAAAUCCCUCCCGCCGAAGUCCUGCCACAAAUCGGGAACCUCGCCUCCGGGACGGUGCUACUGUUUCUAGUCAACCUCCGGCACUGCUACAUACUUCAAAAGCGGGAAUCUUCGUUGAAAUCCGCUGAAUUUGAGACAAGUUUUUUCGGUCCUUCGAGCCAAAUUAUGCAAACCAAAUCUUUAACACUAAAGUUCAUAUUGCACAAAAUUUUGAGCUGGAUAUUGGUGUCUGGGGUGUCGACCCAAAAAAUACGGGUCAACCUGUACGGUGCGUUGCUAAAUUUUUUGAAUAUAGUCAAUCUGAAACACAGCCCGGCCGAUCCGGAAGAGGAAACGAAUACGACUUACGUGAGUCGAUUGGACAGUUCGAGAGUGAAGCCGAGUCGGGAGGAGUCGAAUUUGAAGUCGAUGGCGAUCGAAGUUAUAAACAGUUUUGGUGAUAGUCUGUGCGCGAUCGUGUGCAACGACUGCAUCGGCGGCGGACACGACGUGUGCCGCAUGGUGGCGCUGUCGUGCCUCGACUCGCUGGUGGAGAUCAACCCGGGCACGGACUGGAUGACCACGCUCACCAACCAGGGCUAUCUGCGGAGUCUCAUCGACAGCCUGACGCACGACGACGAGGGACUGAAAGAAGCGCUAGAGCCGAACCCCAAGUCCCUGCGCGUGCUGUACGUGUACGAGUCCAAGCUGGCGCUACUCAUCAAGAUAGCGGGCACGCGGCCGGGCGCCGAGACGCUGCUGGCGCAGGGCGCGCUGGCCAGCCUGGCCAACAUGCGCGCGCUGGACUGCCACCCCGACAUACACACGGGCUAUGCCAACCACCAGGACACCGAGUUCGUGCCGUCCGUCGCUAACAGAUUCCGCGAUAUCCUGGUGCCGGCACUGGCGCUGUGCGACGCGCUGCUGAGCACGCUGGGCGCCGACAACCACAGCUGCGUGCUGCACGUCACGCACUUCCUGCUCAGCCAUCUCGAGUGCGUCGAUAUGGUGCUCAGAGCGGCGCACCCCCUGUCCCCGCCGGGGCUGCUGGUGGAGCUGGAGGCGCUGACGUCAGUGAUCGCGCGCUCGGCCGGCCGCGAGCUGCUCGGCGCGGUGGCGGACACGGCGCUGCAGCACAGCGCGGCGGCCGUGCAGCGCGUGCAGCACCUGGCGCUGGCGCUGCUGCCGCGCUUCCAGCAGCCGCCCAGCGCGGCGCCCGACGCUGACGCCGACGCCACCAUCUACUACAAGAUCGUGUGGAACCUGCUGAUGUUCGCGCGCAAAACGCUGGCGGGCGCGGACGCGGGCGCGGAGGACGCGCGGCGCGCGGGGCGCUCGUCGCUCGUGCUGCUGCAGGUGCUGCUGCGUCGCGCGCACGCGCACGCCAAGCUGCUGGACACUGUGCACCACCAGCUGCCCAAGGUGCACUCCAUGACGCUCAGCGACAUGAAGAAGCUGCUGGGCGAGGAGGUGUCGGCGGCGUCGCCGGUGGAGGCGCGCGCGUCGGUGGUGCACACGCUGCGCACGCGGGCGCGCGCGCGGCGCCAGGAGCUGCAGUGCUGCGAGCAGGCCGCGCACGCCGCGCUGCACCUGUUGUGGGCGCACGCGCGCCUGCUGCUGCGCGCCGCCGUGCCCGUCACCCACGACCACAGAGCGAUAACUCGGUCGGCCGCCAUACGCAGCGCAGUGGGCGAUGAACCGACGGAACUACGGAAGGAGCUUCUGUCCGUCUUCAACGAGCACUUCGUCGAAGAGCUGCUCGACACCGCUAAGAACCAGCCGGCCGUCCAGCGCGGCUUCCUCGAGGUGUUGGUCAAAGACAUCAAGGCCAUGAUACAGUUCUCGCCGGUCUAGCAUUUGUAUUUAUUAUUGUCUAUUUUUAGUUAGAUUUUAAAUAGUUAAAUCCAUUAUUUUGUAAGUUUUCUAAAUAAAAAAAUAUUUUAGUACAUA